AUAGUACUUCUAGCGGUUCACGGAGUGCAUUGUGGGUAGGUCAGGAACAGAGAGGACGCCAUGUGCUUUUGAAGUAGAGGGGUUUGAGAGACACCUGAGCGCGACAAGCUUAUUUUGGUUUUAGAGGAACACCGGGACUAAAGGCUCCAGUUAACGUUAGCAUGUACUGCUCCAGACGCUGCCUCCGGACCGCGCUGCGGGUUGCAGCGAUCACACAUCGUCGGUUAUUUUUGUUUUCCAGGCAACAGCUUCAGCGUCAGGCUCCGGCCUUGUGUGCUCUCAGACCUCUGAAGACCAGUCCAGCCAUCCACUCAGAUGCCAUUGCCACCCCGCCGUUAGAUGAUGCCCCCAAACAGUAUUCCCCGAAAAUCCAACAGCUCGUCAAUGACAUCGCCAGUCUCACUUUGUUAGAGGUGUCAGACCUCAAUGAGCUCCUCAAGAAAACCCUGAACAUUCAGGAUGUGGGAAUGAUGCCGAUGGCUGCGUCAGCUGCACCCGUGGCUCAGGACACAGAAGAGGAGGAGGCGGCACCAGUCAGGAAAGAGAAAACUCACUUUACUGUAAAAUUAACAGAAUUGAAGGCUGCUGAAAAAGUAAAACUUAUAAAGGAAGUGAAGAACUGCAUCCUAGGCUUGAAUCUGGUGCAGGCUAAGAAACUAGUGGAGUCUCUUCCUCAAGAAAUCCGGGCCAAUGUAUCCAAAGAGGAGGCAGAGAAACUGAAAGCAGCCCUGGAGGCAGCAGGUGGCACUGUGGUGUUGGAGUAGAUCUGUGUGCCCACUGGUUCUCUACCAUUUUGCUGGUCAUGCACUUCUUUCAUUCUACUGUUUUUUUUUAACACAACAAAGAAGAGAGGAUCUGGGAGCAAAGAAAACAAAGCAAUGCCUUCUGACAUUAAUACCGGAGCGUCAGCUGGGCCAGUACAUCUCAGACUGAACUGCCCAGACACACAGCCUGCACAAGUGGCUGCCCCAUUGUUUGCUUGUUUAUUUGUCUGCUCAUGUGUGAUACUUGUUUCAUAUGAAAGUAUCACAUAAAAAUACUGGCCUGGGUGUCAAGUCAGUCCGUCUUUUCACAGAAGGAAGGACUAUACUGUAGGGACACACAUUGGCCACUUUAAUAUCCACACCUGUACAAUUGUAUGCAAUUCAGUGCAACACUUCUGCCUUAGCAUCUGUGUUUAUGAAGCUGAGGAGGAUACAAAUAUAGAUGCCUAUGAAUAUAAUGUAGUCCAGUACAACACCACCUUUAACUAUGACCUCACUAAUAAACGUAUAUUUGAACUUAUUCAUUUAUGACAGUUUCACCAUUUUGAGCUUCGUAAACACAGCUGUUAAGGCAGGAGGUGUUGCACUGAAGUGUACACGGAUGUACAGGUGUACCUAAUAAAGUGGCUGCUCAGUGUAGGUACCAUUUCCUUACUGUGUUCAAGAGCACCAGAUACUGUCUCUAGUUCAGGGGGUUGUAGGGCUCAGUCCUUAAAUUGCUCAUAAUAAUGCAAUUAAAGUUGAAAUGUAUUUAAA